CUUUAAAUAAAGGGACAUUGCUUCGUUUCCACCAUUAACCACGCUUGAGAUUGGAUUUUUGUUUGAUUGCAGCAGACUUUACGCAAACUGGCUAAUAUUUUAUUAGCAUAAAGUGCAAGUUUAGGACAUAAUGCCACGCGGACUGUUCACCAUUAUUGGAGUCGCGGCUGGCGCAGUUGGUGCAGUUGUUUUGGCGCCAGUGGCCCUCACCGCAGCCGGUUUCACCUCAGCUGGUAUAGCCGCUGGUUCUCUGGGGGCCAGUAUGAUGUCAUCAGCGGCAAUCGCUAAUGGAGGUGGUGUUGCUGCUGGAAGUUUGGUCGCCAUCCUCCAGUCCGCAGGUGUUGUUGGGCUGUCUACAGCAGCGACAGCAGCAGUGGCAUCUGUGGGUGGAGCAGCAGGUGCUGUAAUAGGUGGAGCAGCAGAUUUGUUGUCUUCAUCAAAACCCCCAUCUCCUCCCAAUAAUUCAUCUUCACCCAAACAAGAUGAAGAUUCUAAUGAUGAGGAUUGGAGAAUGAAGAGGAAUUUGAGAAUGAAGAGGAAUUGGAGAAUGAAGAGGAAGUGGAGAAUGAAGAGGAAGUGGAGAAUAAAGUCCAAAUGGAGUCCAAAGAGCUUAUGCCGCAUUAAGACCCUCUGUUAAUAGUUCAGAAAGUCAACUUGCCGGCAUCUUAAAAACAAAUGUUUUUUUGAAAAUGUUUGCAUUAAAUGUUUUUUGUGCCAAGUGUAAUAUGCUGUGUCUUUUCUGUAACCUGAAUCAAAAAUCAGCAUAAGCAAUAACAAUAAAACGAAAUGAUGAAAGUAA